AUGUCAUCCUUUUAUAUGCAUACGUCUGAUGUUUUAAGGUCUUCAUUAGUUUCUCUACUUUUUGAUGGUACUGGGUAUGGGAGUUGGAGACGAACCAUCCUUAUGGCUUUGUCUGUUAGAAAUAAACUGGAUUUCAUUAAUGGAUCCUCAGUUAAGCCUCUUAACAUUUCUCCCUUGGCGAGACAAUGGCAGAGGUGUAAUGAUUUGGUGGUCUCUUGGUUAACCAACUCCCUGUCCAAAGAUAUUGCUCGUAGUGUUGAGUACUCUGAACUUGCCAAAGAUAUUUGGAGUGAGUUGGAGGAAAGAUAUGGUCAUGCAGAUGCUGCAAAGGUAUUUGAGCUUAAGAAAGAUCUAGCUCACAUCUCACAAGGGUCACUUGAUAUUGCCUCAUAUUUCAACAAAAUCAAGAAAUUGUGGGAUGAAAUUGAUUCCUUGUCAAUUAGUAGAGUCAGGUCUUGCAGCAAUUGUGGUUUCAAAUCUGACUAUCAGAAAGAUGAUGAUGUUCAAAAGGUGUAUCAAUUUUUGAUGGGUCUCAAUGAUGUAUAUGUGCAAACUAGAAGCAAUAUAUUCAUGAUUAAACCAUUUUCAUCUGUGAACACCGUCUUCAGUAUACUACUGUUGUCAGAUGAGAAGCAGAGACAUGUCUCUACCUCUCCUCGGUUUCUCCCUACAUCUGUCUCUUUCAAUGCUAGGGUGUCUAAACAAGGAUUCCCUUCCAGAAUUAAUUUUGAUGCUCAAAGACCCCUUACAUGCAAAUAUUGUAAGAAACCUGGUCACACCCUUGACAAAUGCUAUAAACUACAUGGGUAUCCUCCAAACUUCAAGUUCACAAAGGGGCCUGACAGUAGGAAAACUACAGCUCAUGUUGAAGUGAACUCUCCUGGUCCUCUUGCUAAUGUGGACUCUAAUAUGGGUCCUGAUUCUGUCUAG